AUGGAGUGGAGUGCUCGGUUAGGCACACUUUGCACAUCAUCCACUAAGGCGGCUCCAUUUCAGGCAUCACUUUGCACUCUCCUCUUCCUUACCACCUCACCAUCACAUCUAAAGGAGUGGAUAGUCUCAUCAUCGGUGACAAGCUCGUCACGCAAGCUACUACAAGAUGGAUCCUCCCGUGGAUGUGCCGACCAUUUAGCUAAGGCGGCGGAGCACCAGCUUCCGAUUCUCAAGCUGGCAACGAGAUCGGAAGUUGGUAACGUUGUCGGUUACCCGUCCGCCUCUGGCUGCGUUCUUAGCUUUUCAGGUGACGAGGAUUUGCUCGCACAGCUUGUCCAACUUGGGUGA